AUGUUCUCCAAACUGGUAGCUCUUUGCGCUGUAGUAGCGGUGUCCUCGGCCGGACUCCUGCCUGCUCCUGUACACUACUCUUCCGCAUCCGCCGUCUCCUCUCAGAGCAUUGUACGUCAUGACGAGCACGCGACUCCCGUCGCCAAGUUGACCGUCGCUGCCCCCGUCGCAUACCACGCUGCCCCUGCUGCAGUCGCCUACCACGCUGCCCCCGCCGCCGUCACAUACCACGCUGCCCCUGCUCCCAUCGCCUACCACGCGGCUCCUGCUUCCAUCGCCUACCACGCCGCUCCCGUCGCUAAAGUGGUUGCCCAGCCUGAAGAAAUCGCUUACCCUAAAUACGAGUACAAUUACUCUGUUGCUGACGGACACACUGGUGACAACAAGCAACAACAAGAGGUCCGUGAUGGUGAUAUCGUGAAGGGCUCAUACUCCUUCCAAGAAGCCGACGGCUCUGUCAGAACUGUGGAAUACUCCGCUGACGACCACAGCGGUUUCAACGCCGUAGUACAUAACACCGCCCCCACAGCUUCAGCUGCUGCUGUCUCGUCACAAAGCAUUGUGCAUCACGACCAGCCCCACGCUGUGGUUGCAGCUCAUGUAGGUUACCAUGCCGCACCUGUUGCAUACCACGCUGCACCUGUGGCCUACCAGGCUUCUCCCGUGCACUACUCUUCCGCCGCCGCAGUAUCUUCGCAAAGCAUCCAACGUCAUGAUCAGCCUCAAGCCACUGUAGCCCACUACGCUGCUACACCUGUGGCCCAUUACGCCACUGCACCUGUUGCUCACUACGCUGCGGCACCCGUUGCUCACUACGCUGCUGCACCUGUAGCCCACUACGCAGCACCUGCUCACAGACUCGUGUCCGCCCAUGACGAGGAGGAAUACGCUCACCCCAAAUACGACUUCUCAUACUCCGUAGCCGACGGUCACACCGGCGACAACAAGUCUCAACACGAGAGCCGCGACGGUGACGCCGUGCACGGCGAGUACUCUCUGCUCGAAGCUGACGGCUCUGUGCGCACAGUCCAAUACACCGCUGAUGCCCACAACGGUUUCAACGCUGUGGUCAGCAACUCCGCCCGUGCCGAACACGCCACUCAUGCGCCAGCGCAUAUCCUCGCACACCAUUGAUUUAGUCAAAACUCUUAACUAAUUAAUUAUUUAUUAUUUAUGUGUCGUUUCAAGGUAACUGUUAUUUUAAAAUGACAUACGAAAUAUAGCAAUACCAAUUGAUU